AUGGAGUCCACGGUUGUCAUUGAUAGCUUUGCCCCCGAAGAGGGGGAUGUUUCCAAGGAGGCACGCCUGACUGCAUUUCCGUCAGAGCAGAUUAGCUCGUCCAGCGACAGAGAGCGACAGAGAAGGCUGGUGCGAAAGCAGGACCUGCGCAUUUUGCCGUUGUGUGCGGCCAUCUACCUGCUCUGUUACCUGGACCGGUCCAACAUUGGCAAUGCCAAGGUGCUCAAUGCCGCCACCCACGACGACCUGCUGUCUGACACAGGCAUGUCCGCGUACCAGUACACCAUCGCCCUGAUGGUCUUUCUGAUCGCCUACGCCCUCUUCGAGGUGCCGUCCAACUACCUGCUCAAGCGCUUGCACCCGAGCCGCUGGAUCGCCUUCCUAAUGGUCUCCUGGGGUGCCAUCACCAUGGGCCUGAGCGGUGCCCACAGCUAUGCUGCCGUGACCGUGGUCCGUCUCUUGCUCGGCGUCUUUGAGGCCGGCCUCUUCCCCGGCCUCGUCUACUACCUCACCUUUUGGUACUCUGCCCAGGAGCGAUCGCUGCGCGUCGCCAUCAUCCUGGCCUCGGCCACGCUCGCCGGCGCAUUUGGUGGCGCCAUCGCCUACGGCGUCGGUCACAUGAACCAGGUUCGCGGCAUGUCCGCCUGGCGCUGGCUGUUCCUACUCGAAGGCCUGCCAUCCCUGCUAUCCGGCAUCUUUGUCUGGUUCUUCCUCCCGGACUGUCCCGAAACGGCCGCCUGGCUGUCGCCGGACGAAAAGGCCUUGGCCUCUCGCCGCGUCGCCCAGAUGAGUCUGGCCGGCAAGUCGCUCACCUGGGUCGAGGCCAAGGCCACCCUGACCGAGUGGCGGCUGUGGAUGCAUUACUUUAUCUACUUUGGCAUCUCCACACCCUUCUCUAGCCUGUCUCUCUUCACCCCGUCCAUCACGGCUGGACUUGGCUACACAAACCUAAGAGCCCAGCUCAUGACUGUGCCCCCGUACGCUGCUGCCUACGUCGUCACUUUACUUGUUGCCUGGUCGGCAGACCGUUUUAAUGCACGUGCUCUCCACUCUGCCCUUCUCGCCACUGUUGGCGCUGUGGGAUUUCUCGCCUCUGCCGUCCUCCCGGCAGAAAGCUACUCGCAUCGCUACGGCUGCCUUAUCGUUGCGUCUUGUGGUGCCUUUUCGUGUAUCCCCCCCUUAUUGGGCUGGCUGUCCUCCAACGUUCACACCACGGCUGCCAUUGGCCUUGCUAUUGCCCUCAAUAUCUCCAUGGGUGCGCCGGGUCAGAUCGUAGGUGUGUGGAUAUACAAGGCCGACGAGGCCAAGAUCGGAUACCCAACAGGCCACUGGACCAACGCUGGCUUGCUGUUUUUCGUCGCCGCCGGCUGUCUGACUAUGCACAUGUACUAUGUUUGGAGAAACAGAAACGGUGGCGUCGACGGUGUAAGGUUCAAGUAUUGA